AUGGAGGUCGAGUGGCUCCAGAUUCGUCUCACCCGCGUGAUUCCUGAAGACGCUCCUUGGGAGCCUGGAGCUUUGGGUAUUUGGAUAUCGGUCGUCAUAACCGUGAUCGAGGUCGUCGUCUUCGACGUCGUGGUCUCCUCGUCACAGAUUCUUGCGUCAUCUUGUUUCUCCUCCUCCUCCUCUUUUUGCUCCUCCUCCCGCUCUUCCUCCUCCUCUUCCUCCUCCUCCUCCUCUCCUCCUCUUUUAAUUUCUCCUCCUCCUCUUCUUACUCCUCCCCUUCCUACCUCCUCCUCCUCCUCCUCCUCCUUCUACUCCUCUUCUUCUUCUUCUUCUUCUUCUUCUUCUACGUCUCAAUUAGUCAAAUUAGCCCCCGCCCGAAAUUACGGCGGGGAACACGCAAUCGCCCUCUUCUGGGGCCGUGGUAAACAUGCUAUUGGUCUUGCCAUUGAUGGCUGGCGAUCGAUCAAUCUCGCCGUGACAAAUGUUAUCUCCAAUACUUCGCCCGCCCCCCUCCACCACCACCGAGCAGAAUCACAAGUAAACAGAAGCGACGAUAAGGAGAAGACCUCUCGAUUCGCACAGGGUCAGGCAGUGGAAGGAAGAAGCAGAGACGAAGAAACGGCAGAAGAAGGAAGAGGAAGAGGAAUACGAGGAGGAGGAGGAGGAGGAGGAGGAGCCCCAGAGGCCUCCCCAGAGCCUGAGAGGGCCUGUCCCAAAGCUAAUUUCCGUCGCCUGAAGCAAUCUGGGCGCCGAGGUCCCCUGGGGAGGUCGUCAGAUUGGGCCGCGACUCUGCCACACGUUGCUCCAUUUGAUGGCGAAAGGGGCGGGGGAGGGAUGAUGGGGGGAGGGGGUGGGGGUGGAGGAGGGUGGGAAUGGGGUGUGGGCAGGGCUGGCGGCGGAGGGGUACUCCUCCGACGGGAGAGAUCCGAUGAGGGGAACGAGAGACGAGAGGUGGAAGGUCAGAGAAGGGAGGAGUUGAUGGAGUUGUUUGAGAAGAAGGGAAAAUGA